AACUAUUCUAAAUAGGAGGAAAGGAAAAAAAAAAAAAGCCUCAGCAGAGCUCUUCGUAUAAGGAGCAUGCGCAUUAAUUUGUUCUCAGUAGUUCUUUUAAGAAGUAUUUGAAGUGAGCAUGCGCAUAGUGAGAGGGCUGGUCUUCUGAAGUUUGAACCGAACCGAAACUGCGGGUCCGAGAGCUGUCACAGGCCAGAAGCUGCCUUGUGGAAAAAGAAUAAGUUAUUUUCUUGAAAGACAGAAAAUUAAUGUUCGAUGGAUGUUCUGUUAUUAAGCUAACUUCCAAUGUCCAUGCGGUGUGAAGUGAAUACAAAGAAUUCCUUCAAUCAACAUUAUAUUAACAUUAGAUCAUUUACAUGUUAUCCAAUCCCUUGUGUUUUAGACUGGGCCCAGUCUGUGGCUUGGCAUGUCGAUAGUAACAGUGCAGCUUGGACAGUGUGGCAACCAGAUUGGCUUUGAAGUGUUUGAUGCUUUAUUUAGAGACUCACACUGUUCCCAGGGACUCUGCUCUAAGAGAGAAAAUGAGGCAUAUCAAGCCUCUUGCAAAGAAAGAUUUUUCAGAGAGGAAGAAAAUGGAGUUCCCGUUGCCCGGGCUGUCCUUGUUGACAUGGAACCUAAAGUGAUCAAUCAAACACUGUCCAGAGCUGCCCAGUCUGGCCGGUGGACAUACGGUCAGCACGCGUGCUUUUGUCAGAGACAAGGAUCCGGGAACAACUGGGCGUAUGGCUCCUCUGUGCAUGGACCGAAGCAUGAAGAAUCUAUCAUGGACUUAAUCCAGAAGGAGGUGGAGAGCUGUGACUCUCUGAGCGGAUUCUUCAUCAUUAUGAGUAUGGCUGGCGGAACAGGAUCGGGGCUGGGAGCCUUCGUUACACAGAAGUUACAAGACGAGUACCCCAGUUCCUUGAAAAUGAAUCAGGUUAUAUGGCCUUAUGGAACUGGCGAGGUUAUCGUGCAGAACUACAACUCCAUCUUGACUCUCUCUCACUUGUACCGGUCCUCAGAUGCCCUCCUCAUCCAUGAAAAUGACGCUGUCCACAAGAUCUGCGCCAGACGGAUGAACAUCAAGCAGAUCUCCUUCAGAGACCUCAAUCAAGUUCUCGCCCACCAGCUGGGGAGUGUGUUCCAGCCCACGUACUCUGAGGAUGGCUCAUUUCACUACCGCAGGAAUCCGCUAGGAGACUUAAUGGAGCAUUUAGUUCCCCACCCUGAAUUUAAAAUGCUGAGCAUCCGUCACAUCCCACAGAUGUCUGAGAACUCUCUGGCGUACAGCACGUUUACCUGGGCUGGCCUCCUCAAGCAUUUACGACAGAUGCUUAUUUCCAGUGCAAAGAUGGAAGAAGGUAUUGACUGGCAGGUGCGGCCUCCUUCCUCAGGCCUCCCACCUCUUGGCAAAAUGUCUGUCCACAAGGAUCCUCGUUUUAACACUUCCAUUGCCAACUUGGUCAUUCUCCGUGGGAAGGAUGUGCAAAGUGCCGACAUGGAGGGAUUUAAAGACCCAGCUCUCUAUACUUCCUGGCUGGAGCCUCUUCACGCUUUCAGCACAUGGAAAACCCAGCGAGCCUUCGGCAAGUAUGAGAAGUCUGCGGCACUGGUCAGCAAUAGCCAGCUCUUGGUAAAGCCUCUCGACAUGAUCGUCGGCAAGGCGUGGAAUAUGUUUGCAUCCAAAGCCUACGUUCAUCAGUACACAAAAUUUGGAAUAGAGGAAGAAGAUUUUCUGGACAGUUUUACAUUGUUAGAACAAGUUGUUGCCAGUUAUGGUAAUCUCUGACCUAAACCAAGAGGGAAAACAUCUCGCAGGAGUUUCGAAUAAAAUAUUUUCAAAAUUGAGCCAUGCUCAGUGGAGGUCACAUGAGAUCCCUGCACUCUGGAAGAAGAAGCCGGAGAACCAGAGCAAAGUCGAGCAUCCUUAGCCACGCCAAAUGUUCCAGGCCAAACCACUGGUGGCGCCUGCCUUUAAUCCCAGAACUCAGGAGGCAGAGACAGGCAGAUCUCUGUGAGUUCAAGGCCAACCUGGUCUACAAGAGCUAGUCCCAGGACAGCCAGGAUCUGUGUGAGUUUGAGGCCAGUCUGGGCUACAGAGUGAGUUCCAGGACAGGCUCCAAAGCUACAAAGAAACCCUGUCUCAAAAGACUAACUAACUAACUAACUAACUAACUAACUAAAUAAAUAAAUAAAUAAAAGUGUGUUCUGGGCCAACCUGGGGUACAUGACACCUUGUCUCAGAAUAGAUAAAUAAAGGGCUGGAGAGAUGGCUCAGAGGUUAAGAGCAUUGCCUGUUCUUCCAAAGGUCCUGAGUUCAAUUUCCAGCAACCACAUGGUGGCUCACAACCAUCUGUAAUGAGGUCUAGUGCCCUCUUCUGGCCUACAGGCAUACACACAGACAGAAUAUUGUAUACAUAAUAAAUAAAUAUUAAAAAAAGAAUAGAUAAAUACAAAUACUUGUUCUAAAGUUCAAUCUGUUAAAGUAAUAAAGUAGAA